AUGGCGAUGGCUGGUAAAGAACCCGGUGAUACUUCUUCGAGGAAACUUCAUCCUUUCUUUGCCAAAGGUACAGCUUUUCCAAGCUCAGAACAAGCGAGUCCCUCCACGCCUACGAUAAACGAUAGACACGAGUCGAAGCGUGUAAAGACGAAUGAAUAUGCGCCACUUCAACACCCAGACUAUACAGCUUCUGGGCUAGUGUACCAUACGCAGCCAUUACAAGAAGCCGAUAUAUCUACCCAACAGCUACAGCAGCCGUUGCAGCAGUCGAUGCUCCGCCAGCCACAACCAACGAUAAGGUCGAUCAACUCGGUAUCCGAAACACCAGCUUCUUUGAUCAAAAGCGAACCCUACACCACGUCUACCUGCUCGACGUCUUGCGCGUCUCAUGCACAAGCAGACCUACCAGUCGCCGGUGGAGAUGCUCCCACGCCUCAGACUUCGACCUGUCAAGCUUCUGAAUCUAGACCGCCCAUCGACCAAAUGCCUACACUAGAACCUCGGAAACGUGCAUCGCCGAAGAAGGUGCUGAAAUUCAACACGAGAACUGGCACUCUUGGGUCACCCCCCAAGCCAAAACCCAAAGGGCGUAGUUCACGACUCGUUUCGAUGAAAUAUGGUCAGGAUGCUGAAGCCCGUCAACGGAUCGGUGACAGAAUUUCCCGAAUAUUGUCUGGUCAGCUCAUGGUUGAGAAACUCGCCCCAGAAUCCUCCCAACCGAAGCCGGAGAAGAUGCCGACAGACGACACGCAUCAAAAAACGUCGAAAACACACCCUUUCUUUACGAAAGAGAAACCCGUGGAACCGAAGCCUAUCAGCGAGAAGAAGCGUAAUACAAUCUUCUCGUCAACCCCAGUCUCACCGAGAAAACCGCGAAACAGCUUCACGUCUGGUAAAGGGCCAUCUUUUGGUAUCAAGCCCAUCGGUACAAAAGUCCCCGGUUCUAAAUACCCUCUUUGGCCACCGCAUGGUUUCAGCCAUGUCCGAGGAACUGAACCGCUGGGUCUUUCAUGUACCACUGGCCCCAGCAACCGGCCCAAUAAAAAGUCCAAAGGGCAGACUGUGUCGAUAAAUUCGCAUGAAUCUGUUCUCUGGCUACUGAGUCGGCUGUUGAAUAUACAGCAGGUGAAAAGCAGCCUGCCUAAAGACGACAGUUUAUUCCCACCCCCUCCAUCCGAGCUUCGACUCCCGACAAGGCACUUUGAGAGUGGCUAUAAACUUGCCAAGCGCAUUCGUUCAGAACUUCAUACCAGCAUUGCUUCAUUGAGCUUGUCGGAGCGAGAUCUCGACGAAGAUGACCUUGCUCGAGUGCCAUCAAAGCCGGCACACCCAAUUAUUAAGCGCCACUGGCAGUCGCUAGCUGUAGGACUAUCUGCCUUCGAUCGAUCGACAUGUGAAAGCAUGUCUUGGGUUUCCAAGUACGCGCCAACAUCAGCAGCAGAAGUCUUGCAAUCAGGCAGAGAAGUUUCCCUGUUGAAACAAUGGCUCGAAAUGCUGCGAGUCCAGGGUGUAGAGACCGCUGGAGAUAAUGCCAAAACGAAAAGCGAAGCUAAAAAGAAGAAGCGCAAGAGCAAGUUGGACGGCUUCGUUAUCGAUAGUGAGGACGAAAGUGGUGAAAUGAAUGAGCUAUCAGACUUGGAAGACCAGCCAUCCAAAGCGAAACAACGAUUACGUCCUUCGGUUGCGAGAUCGUUAGAUUUAACAGGCAAAGAUCCAUCCAAGCUGGCAAAUACUAUACUCAUCAGCGGUCCACACGGAUCUGGCAAAUCAGCCGCCGUAUAUGCUGUGGCGAAAGAGCUGGGAUUUGAGGUAUUUGAGAUUAAUUCUAGCACUCGGCGCAGCGGCAAAGAUAUUCUCGAACGGGUCGGUGACAUGACGCGCAAUCACCUUGUUCAGCAUCAUCGAUCAGAAACCGCGGACUCUGCAGGGGCAAUUGAAUCAGAUAUCAGCUCCGGAAAACAAGGCACAAUGACAUCCUUCUUCAAGCCAAAGACUGCUGCGGAAAAGAAGAAAAAUAAGAAAAGCCAUUUGGACAGAUCUCGUGCCAAGGCGGAUGCUGCGAGUAAGAGCUCUUCGUCCAAGUCGCACAAGCAGUCGCUUAUUCUCUUGGAGGAGGUCGACAUAUUGUUUGAGGAAGAUAAGCAGUUCUGGGCAAGUCUACAGUCUUUGAUGAGCCAGUCUAAGCGGCCAUUUAUUCUCACCUGCAACGACGAAAGUGCGGUGCCUGUGAGCAUACUCAACCUGCAUGGAAUAUUCCGGUUCUUGCCACCCCCGGAGCCUGCGGCAGUUGAUACAUGCCUUCUGAUUGCCGCCAACGAAGGGCACGCAUUAAAGCGUAACGCGGUGCGUUCUCUCUAUCGAUGCCGAGAUCAUGAUCUGCGCGCGACCAUCACCGACCUACAGUUCUGGUGUCAGAUUGGCGUGGGAGAUCGGAGAGGUGGCCAUGAUUGGUUCUAUCUGCGCUGGCCCAAAGGAAUAGAUGUUGACAAACAGGGUCAUGUUGUUCGUGUAAUCAGCGAAGACACGUAUCAGACUGGUAUGGGUUGGUUGAGCCGUGACAGCAUUGUCAGCGCACCCACCACACAAGCCAUGGAGCGGGAGGCAGCUGCGCAGGCUUGGCAAUUCUGGCAUCGAGACUUGAGUGAUUCGCACUGCAGCAAGGACUUGCUUCGCUUGGGUGCCGCCACCUCGACUAAAAUUGCCAGCCGACAGCAAAGGUUGAAAACUCUCGAAGCGUACACUCAAUAUUAUGAUGCUUUGAGCUGUGCCGAUCUUUGCGCGGCCGGAGCACUGGGUGUCGAGCUCACCGAGAUGCUUGACCCAACUCUGCCGGAAAUGCCUGUGGCUAUGAGAGAGGACUUUACCAUUGCUCAAGCAUUACUCGAAGCCAAUAUCUUUCAGCCUUAUUCGUGUUCACGCGUCGAAAUAUCUUCAGCCAUAUCGUCUCUUGCACUCGGCAAUCUCAAAACGGCUGCUACUACGCUCGUAUCGUCGACAUCCAUUGACGAAAACGAAGCCUAUGGCGAAAAAAAGACAAUCGACAUCUUGGAAGACAUGCACGAGAGGGAAAAUCGCACGCUGACACGAUAUGACGUUGCUGUUGCUUUUGAUCCCAUAGCAGUGUCUCCCAAGGCUAUGGCCAGCAUGAGCCUCGAUCCCUCCGUCUUUGAUCGCACAAUGACCAUGAUCAUAGAAGAGGUAGCGCCGUGGGUUCGUGGCAUAGUACACUACGAUGACCAGCUCAUGCAGGAUAGGCAGCGUCUCAACGAGCUACUCGACGACGGUAGCAGACGCAAGCGCAUGCGGACCACUCGCAGUGCAUACUCGGCCCUGGAAGGAGGCGAGCGUCGCACAACCAGAAAGGAGAGAUACUUUGGGGAUUGCCUUUCAACAGAGGCAGUCAUGUACACUGCCGGGGAAAGCUGGCAACAGGCGCUGCCUCUAGGCGCGAGAAUAAACGAACCAGAAGAUUACCCUGCUAGCAGUCCAAUGUCGAUGGAUUGA